CACACAGUGUGUCAGUUUGGCAUCUAUGUCAUAUUAAUCGAAAUUUUUGUGUGACUCCGGAAUAAACGUAUUUGCGAUUAAAAUUUUUAGUGAUUAUGACCGGGACCCUAGAAGGAGCACGUAUUUUGUGAUGGAAAGAAACGGAACCUCUCAAGAUGAUUCAUGUCCGAUAUUGUGUUUGACCAAAACUGCGUUGUUUGUGCUGAUUUCGUUAUUUGUGUUGUACCUGCCCCUCGGUGAUCCGAAUUGCAACGAAUCAGACGCUCGCCGACAAACGCAUAGGAGUUCAGCAAUAAUAUGUUUUUGUGAUACAUACGAAUACUUCCUAAGGAGUAUUUAUCGUAUUACCGAUAUAAUUGAAAAUGUUAUUGAAAUCAUUAUCUGCCUGGUCCUGGACGUCUUGUAUGAAAGCAAAUUGAGGUUUUACUCACUGCUGGAGAAAUUGGAUAAGCACGAUUUAUGCGCCGCGGCCUGUUGUCAAAAUACUAACAUAGAAGAAUCUACAGAGCCCGUUAAAGAAAAAGAUCCAGUGUCGGUUUGUCCGUGCAUACGCAGGAAAUGUUGCAAGAAAAGAAAGUAGACUAUAUUAGUAAUGCAGCGAGAAAGGAAUAUGGAAUACACGGCAUGGAAUUGGCUAAGAAAGAGAUGGACAAGGUCAUAGAGGUGGAAAUCACACAGAAACUAACCGAAGAUCUGCUGCAGAGCAUAGAGAAGAAGUUCCAGGUGGAUUUGGAAAAGUCCGUUGAGAUGGUACUGCAAAAGAUCAAGUUCUUGCUGCAAAAUGGAACCAGCCACGUCCAGGAUCGUCUGACAGAACUGCAAGAGGUUCUAGAAGUCAUGAGAUCAGAAGAUGAAGAUAAAGUGGAUCAAUGCCUUUUGAAGAAGCAAAAUCAAACAACGGCGUUAGCAGAGAAAUCUCUUCAUCAGAUGGUUGUUUGUGGUUACGCGCUGAUCGGUCACGACCCAGUCCAAGCAGUUAGGAGUGUGAUUUCCAUCAAGAACAUGAUACGACACGGGAUCAAGCCGAUAUACGAGCACAAGAAGGAGGUUUAUAGCUUACUGAAAGUCUGCGGUCACGACCACGAUACUUUGAAGAAGGUCAUCAAAUGCGUCAUUUCCAAGUCACCUUUAAUUAAGACGGUAAUGAUGGGUAUUACUACCAAGCUAAUUCAAGGUGUCAUGGAACUGACCAAAUUGAUGGCACACGGGGCCAUGCAUGAAGCCUGUCUGUUAGAAGUCGUCAGAACAGUUGAAGAAGAGGCAUUUUCAUUAGUCGCUGAGGUAAAAAAAUGUGUUAGUAUAAAUAAUACUGAAGAAACAGAUAACUUUGAAAAUAAUAACAAAACUGCUCUUGAUGAUAAGAAAUCAAAUAAUAAGUACAUAGAAGAUACUGAAAGAUUAGAUAAAGAUAAUAACAAAGAUACAACAAAAGAAGAAGACAUGAAAACUAUAAUAAGAAGAAUGUUAAAAGAAACGAAAAAAGAUUUGAAUGAUGAUUACAAAAGUAAAGCUAUGAAUUUGCAAAAAGAUUUGAGUUCUAUCAAUGAAAAUGUAAUAAGUGGUGAUAAUUCAGACAAUAUUAAUAAAAUAUAAAUUCAAUAUUU